CCACGAGCUGACCGCGCAGCGCUCCCGUCUGGAGGUGGAGGUGGAGGAGCUGGGUCGGCGGGUGGGGCGGCAGGAGGUGCUGGCGGGCAGUGCGCGGAGGGAGCUGGCGGGGCUGAGGCAGCAGGUGCAGGCGGAGAAGGAAAAGAUGGAAAAGCUGCGUGAGGCCGCGACCACCGCCGAUGCCUCUCACUCGGAGCUGCAGGCGCGCAUCGCCGCCGCGGAGAGCCGGCUGGCCGCGCUGUACCGCAAGCAGGGGGCGGUACGGCAGUACGGCAGCAGGGAGGAGCGGGACGCGGCGCUGAGGAAGGAGAUCUCCGCCAAGGAGGCGGUGCUGGCCUCCAAGCGGCAGGGCCGGGAGCGGCAGGCGGCGGAGCUGGUGCAGCAGCAGGAGGUGCUGCUGGAGCUGAGCCAGAGCAUCGGGGACCUGGAAGCCGAGGUCGCCUCCCUGGAGGGUCGGGUGGUGGAUGCGGACCGGGCGCAUGCGGAGGCGGGGGCGGCGCGGGGGCGGCUGCUGGACGAGCGGAGGGCGAAGCAGCGGGAGGAGGAGGCGGCGGAGAGGGCGGUAGCGGCGGCAGCGGAGACCGUCAAGGCGGCGCAGCAGUCGUACGACAAGUGCAUGCCGGGCGACGUACGGAAGGGCGUGCAGGGUUUGGAACUGCUGCACAAGCGGUUCGGGGAGGACAUGGCGGGGGUGCACGGGGCGGUGAUCGAGCACAUCCGGGCGCACGAGACCUUCCAUGUGGCCAUUGACACCAUAGCGGGCAACCACCUGUUCGACGUGUUGGUGGACAGUGACGAGGUGGCGGCGCGCCUCAUCCGCAGCCUGCACGCCCGCAACAUGGGCCGGGCCACCUUCGUGCCGCUCAACAGGGUGGGGGGCGGGCCGGAGGUGGAGCCGCCCAGCGAGUUCGGUACGGAUGUGGUUCCGCUGCUCCGCAAGAUCCAGAGCGACCCGCGGUUCCGUCCCGCGCUGAAGGACCUGUUCGGCCAGGCGCUGCUGUGCAGGGACAAGGACGUGGCGACGGAGGUGUGUCGUACCACGGACCGGUUUGACUGCGUCACGGUGGAGGGGGAGAAGUUCGGGCGGCGCGGCAACAUCAGCGGCGGCUUCAUGCCCCAGAACAGGGCCCGACUGGCGGUGUACAACACACUCAUGGCGGCCAGGCAGCAGUUGUCUGAGGAGCAGCGCAAGCAGCGGGAGGCGGGCGAGGCGGCCGCUGCUGCGGGGGCGGCGUAUGACGAGGCGGCGGGGAAGGUGGAGGAGCUGGAUGCGCAACGGCGGCAGGUUCGUGAGGCCAUGCGUGCCCGCAAGGCUGAUCUGAAGCUGCGGCGGGAGGAGGAGGGCGAGGUGCGGCGGCAGGUGGAGGCGGCGGAGAGGGCGGUGGCGGGGUACGAGGCGGACCUGGGGCGGAUGCAGGCCGACCUGCAGUCGCUGCGUUCCGAGUUGGACACCGACAUGAACUCGCGACUGAGUGCGGCGGAGCUGCGGGAGAUGACCUCGCUCAACCUCUCCCUCACUGACCUACGCGAGCAGCUGCGGGCCGCCUCCGCCGCGCGCGACGCCGCCGCCGCCGCGCUGGCAGCCUGCGAGGCGCACCUGGAGGGGGUGCUGGGGCGGCAGGUUGCGGCGCAUGAGGAGGCGCUGGCGGGGGACGAGGAGGCGGGGGACAAGGCCGCUCUGGCGCUGCGCAAGGCCGACCUGGCCGCGCUCACCUCCUCCCUGGCGGAGGCGGGGCGGGCGGCAGCGGCAGCGGAGCGGCAGCUGGAGGGGGCGAGGGGGCGGGUGGAGGAGAUGAGGAAGCGGAGGGAGGCGCUGAGGGAGGAGGCGGGAAGGAGGGAGGCGGAGGCCAGCGACAGUGCCAAGGCGCUGGAGUCGCUGUCGCUGCGCCGCGCCGCGCUGACCACCCGCGCGGGCGACCUGGAGCGGCGGGUGCGGGAGCUGGGGUCGCUGCCGCAGGAGGCCUUCGACAGCAGCUACCGGGACAGGAGCAUCAAGGACCUGAUGCGCUCGCUGGACCAGGUGGGCGCCUCCCUGGAGCGCUUCAGCGGCGUCAACCGCAAGGCGCUGGACCAGUACCUGGACUUCAGGCAGCAGCGGGAGGAGCUGGAGGGACGGCUGAAGGAGCAGCAAGAUUCCGAAUCCAAGAUCCGCGAGCUCAUCUCCGCACUGGACAUGCGCAAGGACGAGGCCCUGGAGCGGACCUUCAAGGGGGUCGCCAAGAACUUCAGAGAGGUGUUUGCAGACCUGGUGCCGGGUGGCACGGGCGAGCUGGUGAUGAUCCGGGCAGCAGGCAGGGCGACGGCAGCUGCUGCGUUUGCGGGAGAGGGAGAUGAGGAAGAGGGGCCUGGGGCAGGAGCAGGGGCAGGCGGUAGCGACAAGUACAGUGGGGUGAAGGUCAAAGUGCGGUUCGCGGGAGCAGGCGAGGCGGUCUCCAUGCGCUCCCUGUCCGGCGGCCAGAAGACCCUGGUCGCCCUCGCCCUCAUCUUCGCCAUCCAGCGGUGCGACCCCGCGCCCUUCUACCUCUUUGACGAGAUCGACGCGGCGCUGGAUCCGCAGUACCGUACGACAGUGGCUGCCGUACUGCGGAGGCAGGCGGCGGAUGCCGUACACCCCGCCCAGUUCAUUGUCACCACCUUCCACCCGCAGAUCGUGAUGGAGGCUGACCGGGUGUUUGGCGUGUCGCACACCAACCGCAUCAGUGCCGUACAGGCCAUCACUGCGGCCCAGGCGCUGGAGUUCCUGCAGGCUGCGGAGGACAUGCAGCGGCAGAUGGAGCAGCAGGAGGGAGCCACCGCAGGGGGAGGCAGCAGGCGGGGCGCGGGGGCGGGCAGGGCGGCGGCGGCGGGGAAGGCAGGGGGCGGCAGGGCGGCGGGGGUCAAAGGGGCGGCAGCAGCGGGUAAUGCGGGGAGCAGGGGUCAGCGCAAGCGGGCGGCUCAGCAGCAGCAGGAGGAAGAGGAUGAAGAAGAGGAGGAAGAUGGAGCGGGAGAGGAGGAGGGGGAUGAGGAGAUGGAGGAUUAAGGGGCUGCGGGAAAGCUGAUGGCGAGUUAAGAAACGGUUACGCGGCAGAGGGAGCAGGGCUCGGCAGCUAGUGGCGGAUCAGCAGUUCAGCGGCCCUUGCUCUGGGCCGCAUGUGUGAGAUGAGAGGGUGAGGGCGAGGAUGAGGGGGGGGCAGGGUAGGACUGGCGAGGGGAACACUGUACAUAGGAGUAGUGGGAUGAGAGGAAGGGUUUGCGGUGGGGUGGGGUGAGGUCUGAACGGUGCCGUGAUUGGUCCUGUGCCUCAAGACCCUUCUCUGUACCAUGGGUGGUUGCUUCUGUUGUGAACACCUGUUGAAUGAGGCUCCUGCGACCCAUGGGUCGCUACGCGACAAUGCGCGAAACAACUAGAUACGACCAGUCCCAAGGCUGCUGUGCUCUUGACCGUAUCAUCUGAAUGUGUUUUGCAACUCGUUUGCGUUAUUGCGGGUUGCAACGGUGUGGGGUUUAAGGCUUGGACUUGACGAGGAGGGCUGCGCUGCUGCUGCGUGUUCUGUGUGUCACUCGAAGUGUACGAGAAGGGGGG